UUCCAUUGGCUAUCCCAUUGUUGUCAUCCCGUUGUCAUCCCGUUGUUUUUAUUUUUUUUUCUGAAGAAUAGAAAACCGUAAACAAAUAAAUGAUCACAACACUCAAAAGAAGGGAAGUGUGAGAGAUAAUGUUGAUAUCUGUCACCUUUCCUCCAUUCUCCUUCAUCCAUCCUUUCCUCUCUGAACAACCUGAAAGAAUGAACAAAGGAAGGACAAUGAAGGAGGGAAGCUUCACACACACACACACACACACGCACGCACGCACACACACUCUUCCUGCAGCUCCACCUCUGUUGCUAGGUUACUGCUGCCACUUAUGAUACAGCCAUUUCAGCCAAUCACAUCACCUUGUGUCACUGCUGAGGGUGGAGCCUCACAGUCCUCCACCGUGGAAGGAAAUGACUCCUGUUUAUCAGUGACAUCAUUUCCUCCUAAUGUCUAAUGGCAGUACCACUCCUCUUACACACACACACACACACACCUACACACCAACACACCAAAAUCCAUCAGUCUUUUAUCAGAAAUCAGAUUAAAGUGUCUUGUUGGUGAGGGACUGAUAAGAGCAGGAGCAGGACUGGGUCCAGAUCAUAAUAAUUCACAGGAGCUUGAAAUGGGAUUAGAUGAAAUUGAAUUAGAUGUUAUUAGUAUUUGUACGGACCAAGGAGGAUGUUUGCUCUGCUCAGGGGUGCCCAUGGUUCUCCUGCAGUGGAAAGCGCUGCACUGGCAUUUUGAAAUAUAAAGACAAUAUGAGGAAACACUACUGACUACUUUGGGACCUAAUUACUUGGAUACUGGGCUGACCAGACGUACAGUCUCUGGCCAAGCAGAUAAUAUGGCUUGUACUGAGUGGUUAUGACUGAAGCAAUUCUCAACAUGGACAUACUACAACAGAAAAUACAGUUAAACUAUAUGUAAAUAAAUGUUAACAACACUGCGGUGCGUGGUAUACAACAGGUCAUUGUGCACUUUUACCUAAGUACUGUUAUGAGAUACUGGGUGUUUUAAUGCUGGAACUGUGUUUAGUUUCCUUCCACUACAUUUACCUGAUAUCUGGAGUAUAUGAUAUCUGAAGAAUGAGGUUUUAUGUAUACACAUAUCAUUCAUUCAUCUCAUAACAAAGAAACAGGAAGCUCAUGUGCUGUCAGUAAAGACUUUACUUUGAACUUGGCAUUUUAAUAUUAGCUCAGGGAAAGAAGCCACAGCUAAUGCUUACUAAAUGUGAGUGAGUGGUAUCUUAGUCCAACUUCUUUGUGUGUGCUGCCCUCUUGUGGUCCGUUUCUGAACUGUCUUUGGCUUACAUAUUACAUAAGUAGACAUGGGGUCACAUUAGCCUUAUUCCAAAUGUUGUUUUCUGCCCACAGAUGAUUUUUCUACGUGCAUUAGUUACUUAUGUGCAAUUAGUAUCCACAGUGAGAUGUUUGCUGAUGUUUCUGUUAACCAUGAGGUGCUGACAACACAUAUUUAUCUCUCUUUAAAAUCUGUAUCUACCCUCACAGUGAAUAUGGCUAUGAAACUGUUUUAGCUUGACUGUUAAGAGUUCAAAGGCCUCUUCAGUUUCUAUGUAUCUUCUUUGUAAAAUAAUAAUUUUUAGAGGCUCCAGAUGUUCUCAACCACCUUUCCUCUUUCCUCCCGCCCUUGCAUCACACUCACCAACAGUGACCAAUGACCUUUGACACCACAACCCUUAACCUUUCUCCCCCCCGUGUUUUCUCCCUCCCACCUUGGUCCACCCAUGUGAGGUCUGCUGGCCCAUGCUGUCUCCUGUUGUGGUACAGAAGGUGUGGUUGGAAGAGGAGAAGGAGGAGGAGGAGGGUGAGGACGGGGAGUUGAAGGGUUCUGUUGUGUUUUGCAUACAGGCCGAACACGCUGGGACCAGGACGUACUACUUCAGCGCAGACAGCCAUGAGGAGCAGCAAGAGUGGAUCACAGCCAUGAGCGAGGCUGCAGAGGUCAACGUUCAGCCAAAACAGAGAGCAAACCCAGACACAGCUGAUUUCAACCACACUAUGGUGACCAAGGCACCUGACCCACAACAGAGUCCACAGACACAAACGCACAAAGAAACUGAUAGUGACCUACAUGCCCACCCUAAGAUCAAUGGGGUCGACAGCCUUGAGACACCCUCACCUUCUACUCCCCGUUCUGAUAAGGAGGGAAAAAAGAAUGAUAGCAAACGUGGAGAAGGUGGUGGAAGAGGAGGUGAAGAUGAAGGAGGAGGGCCUGGUCCUGACCCCGCCCCUCACCUAAAUCAUCAUCCUAAUGGUUGGGGCAACUACGGCCCUCCCAACACUACACCCCACAGCAACAAUAGCAAACACCCUCCAUCCAGAGGUCACAGUGGACAGCGUGCCCCUCAGGGACACCCAGAGGGGGGUGUUGGCCCAUUCCACGACCCCAGGGAGCAGCAGGAGAACGUAGUGCUGAGGAGGGGCUUUGUGCCCAGGACAGCUCCUGAGAGAGUAGCCCAGAGGAAGAGCUCCAUGGCCCAGCUGCAGCAGUGGGUAAACCAGCGACGGGGAAUGGCCUCCCAGGAGGACAUCAACAGCCCAUCUCGUUACUACCCAGUGAACCGAGGGGUCUCGUCCGACUACUAUGGCUACCCUGGUGGCCCCCAGUAUGUGGAGGAGUACCCUCUGUACCCGCCAGGUGUCCGACCUGACAGCAUCUGCUCUGUCUCUGCUGUGGGGGGAUACGACCGACGCUGGACUGUCGAAGAGAAGCGUCACUCGCUGCGGGACGGACCCCAUCAGUUGUACGGACCCCCGAUGCCUAGGGACCCAUGGGGGCCACAGUACUAUGCUGGGAUGGAAACGUCCAUGAGGCGUCUGUCCAUCCAGCCACGGUCCAGGUCCGUGCCCAGGUCGCCAUCCUCAUCAUCGGGGGGAGCCUACUCACCGGUGCCACCCAACUUUGCCUCUCCGGCUCGGUCGUUAUCAGCCCGCUUUGAUCGGCUUCCAGGGAGGAUGAGGGACGACAUGAUCUAUGCUGAUCCAUCUGUCUACAGUCUGAGGAGGUCUCUCAGCUCACCAAAGUAUGACUACCCUGGCGAUAGGAGGUCCUUAAGCCAAGGAUUAUACCACCAUAACUACCCUGUAUCCCCUUCCAUCCACAAUAAAAUGGAGGACAUAUUAGACCUUCAGCUCCAGCGCAACCUGGAUUACCUAGAUCAACAGGUGCCUCCUUUCCAUGAUGUCUACAGCAGAGAGUUACAUCCCACACUGAAACUCAAUGAGAUUGAAACCAGUAAACUCUUGGGUCGACUGUGUGAGCAGAACCGAAUUUUGAAAGACCACGAGGCUGUUGUUCACAGACUGAGAAUGGACAAGGACAGCCUAGAGGAAGCGCUGGUGGCAACUCAUCAGGAGAUGGAGCUGUACCAUAACCAGCCUUUGACCAUGGAAAAGCUGCAGUUCAAAAAGGAAACCCUGCAGAAUCAGCUCAUCAACAUCAGAGGGGAGCUCUCCCAGGCCUCCAGUGCUUUAACCACCACUCGUAUGGAGUUUGAAGCACUGGAGGACGAGGCUAAUGCCAUCCAUGGAGAUCUGUGGGAGCAGCUUAAUGCAGGAGUGCAGAGUGAACUGGUUCGUAGGCACAUCCAGAAAGAGUUUUGGAGAGUCCAGGAUGUAUUAGAGGGACUGCACAAGAAUAAUUCAUCCAGAGGCACUGACACAGCCAAGCACAGAGUGGCCAGCGGUGCAUCAGGCUCCUUUAGCACCAAUAGUCCAGCCAGUCCCCUGAGCUCAGUAAGCCUCACCAGCCCGCUCAGCCCCUUCUCCCCAGUGCCCGGCUCCCAGGCCUCCCCCAACAAACAGCUGGGCCCGGAGGAAAGUGUCCCUCCAAGGCCUCCCCUCCCCAAGGCCUAUUACCCUUUGGAACCCUCCCCUACCUCCCCUCCCUCCAUCCCUCCCCUUCCCUUUGACAGCACCGCCUGGCUACGCAGCUUGGGCAUCGAUGAUGGUUACCUUGAUGGUGAAGAUUUUCACAUCAGAAAGCCCAAGUUUGGAGAGCAGAACAAUAUCAGUGACAUGCAGGACCAGGACAGACAAUCCAGCAUGAACAAAGUUGGCAUUGUUCCUCCUAGAACCAAGUCCCCCACAGACGAAUCACAUGGCGGCUUUGCUGGAGUUUCCCGGCAUAAUGGCAGACUGCCCAACGGAAUCUCUAGGGAGCGUCCAAAGAGCGCAGUGUUUCCUGCAGAGAUGAAGUCGAAGAUGAGCAUAGAGGAGCAAAACGAACGAAUCCGCCGCAACCAGAGCAGCUCUGUGAGGGACAAGAGGCGGAGCCUGAACCUCUCGGGUGGCCAGUCUCCAGCCAGCUACAAAGUGGUUCGUCGGCGGCUGACAGCUCAUGAGAUCGACAUUAAAGACCUGGAGACAGCAGUUCGAGGCCAGGGGCAGGAGUCGCCGCGGGAGGAAAUCGCUCGUCUGAGACGGUUACAGGUUGAACCGGAACCCUACGACCUGGAUGUCAGCAAAGAGCUGAUGGCUCCUGACAAGGUUCUGAUCCCAGAACGCUACCUGGACGUGGAAGACAACUCUCCUCUGAGCCCAGAGGAACAGAAGGAGAAGCAGAAGAAACUGGAGCGGAUCAAGACCCUCAUUGCCAAAUCAAAUUUGCAGAACAUGGUUCCUCUUCUGGAUGGCCCGGUGGAGGGUGGAGUUCCAGCCAACUCUCAGCAGCAGCUGCAAGAACAGGAGAAGCGUAUUGAGAUAUCUUGCGCUCUGGCUGCUGAGGCCUCUCGUCGCAGCCGCAUUCUCUCCGCCCAGUGCGCCCCCAGUCCCCCCACCUCCCCGAACAGCCUGGCCCCUCCCCCUUCCUCUGCUGACUUCCCCAACUCUGCCCACAUCAUGAAGGUGUGAGUCUUACAAAGCUCAAGCCCUGGCUGCUGUCAAGUUUGAUGGAGCAUCUUUCUGACCUUUCACUGGACAAACUGAGCAAAGAAGAUGGCCCCAGACAAAGAACUUUUUUUUUUUUUUUUAAAUUAAAACUGAUACAACAAAAGCACGGAAAUCUGUCAAAGGAUGUUUCUAAGGAGGGAAGAGCAAAUUUAAAACCCAAAUGGAAGGUGCAGAUACCUGACCAAGACCAAUGACCAAGACUCCACUUCAUCUAACCCAUGAUAGCCUCCCACUACAUGUGUCUUGUGGCACAAAGUAAGGCUGCAGAUCUCUUACCAGCUUCAAGUUGUGUAAUAUUUCUAUAUAAUUUAGCUCAGGACACGUUCUACGAAGUAGAGAUUACCGAUGAACUCCGCUGAUGAUGAUGUUUUACCCUCAUAUUGGCAAAAUGUUAGCUAACUAAGGUUUGAUGUUGAUCAGUUCUAAAGGGAACACUGCGUACGAAAGACCCAAGCUGGAGAGGAACAUGGAAAGGAACUCCAGAGAUAAGUGAAGAGAAGGAGUUUGGGAUGACGAACGUCACACUGAGGUUGACUAGUUGGCAAGAGUCUCACUAAAGCCUACAGAGAGGCUGUGGACAUGCUUCUGGACACUAAAAGCCAAAAGAGUAUGUUUGUUGUCAUCUAAUGUCCAUAUCAACCCUCAAAACCACCAGUGGCUUGUGGCUAAGUGAGGAGUGGGACUCAGUGACAGACUAAGGGUACAUACUGACAUAUUCUGACACUUUGACAAAUGACCGGAACGAGAGGCCUCUCAUCCUUUGUAAAAAGCUGAGGACUCUUCUUCUGAACUCACUGUGAUGUCUGUUUCACCCAGACCUCCACCCCCCUACACUAUUUCCCAUCCUGUCAAACUCGUCUGCUGUCAAUUACACUCAUAUGCAGCUGUUAGCAUUACAUACAUACAUUUGACCUGGCUGAGGGUCAAAAUUUAAUGUAGCAGAAUGUUGACCAUAAAACCUGGAGGAAAAUCAAGGCAAUGUGCACAGCUAGGACUUGCUGGAAAUAAUGACCUUGCUCUGUGAUAUGUUGACUUUGCUCUGGUGUGGAAGCCCAGUCAGAUUGUUCAAGCUGAAAUCCUUAACUUGUUAUAGUUGACAUAUGGUCAUUUGGUCUCUCCUGCAUGGCGAAGUAUUGAAACACUAAGACAAGACACACUUACAGCAGCUAACUCACUGGUUGUGCAGUUCAGUUCAAACCAGAGCUGUCACACAGGAAAUAACACAUUUUCCCCCAAUGUCGUGGGGUCGAGCAUUAUAAUAAACAGCAUAACACCAGCAGUGGAUUAGCAGUGGAUUAUACACUUAACUAAAUUAAAUGUAUUUCACCUUUGACAACAGCUGAUUCAAAGAGACAGCAGGUUUCUGUCUGUCUACCUUUGUCCACAGCACAGAACCUAAAGAUCAGAGUGGGUCUGAAUCAAGAAAAAUUUUUUCAACUCAGUAUUCUUUCAGCAUGUGCUCUAGAUCCAGAACAGCUGCAUAUGAAUGUAAUUCACCCGAGGCCGAGUUGUGAUGAUGGCAUCACCUCACCUCCAACCACUGUGUGCAACUCCUUCUUCGGGUUAAAUCUUUUGCAUUUAGCAUCACAUUGAAAUGAAAUGACCCCAGUGUUUGUCUACACUUGUAGGUAAAGUAUGUUGGAUGUGCUUUUAUAAAUGGUCUGCUGUAUGUGGAAAGUGAAAAUAGAAGUGACCUUAGAAGAGUAACUCUGCUAGAAAAACAAGUGUAUGUGUAAAGAGGAGUUAGCUAAUGAUGCAGUCAUUUGAGAGGAAUUAUAUACUAGAAAAUUACAUGUGAUAUAUCCCAAUUAUAUUUCAUCCAGUCAAUCAUGCAGUGCCAUUAAGUCUGAAACAUGUCAAUGUGUUUUAUGUGUUUAUGAUGAACAGGACAUGUUAAUGACAUGAGUUUGAAUCUGGAGGAAACACAAUGAUUGAUGGUACUGAAGUUUUUCAAAUUCUGCACACAAGUGGCUUUAGGUGGAACUGGUCAAUAUUAAAUAACACAUUUUGAAAUAACCUUGUAAUUUAAUCAUGAAUGAAUUCAGUAACAUAUUUGUUUUACAGUUUUCAUUUGAUAGUAGUCCAUUUUAAAUUUGAAAACACUUUUUAACAAAAGUCUGCUUUUCCUUCAUAGUUGCACUUUUAUUUCACGCCAUGUGUCUGUAUUUUAAGCCACUGAUGGAACAAAAUAAGUAUGGAGCUGCAUGGAUGGGCAGCUGUGACAGCUCAUGUUUCGUUAGUGUCCGUUGCACAUAAAGGUCCAAAAGACUUUCUGAAAACUUCUAAAAUACAAUUCGUACAAAAAACAAAAACAAGC